UGGGUGUAUUUGUUACUUUUUCAAACCUUCAGGAGGAAAUUGUCAUAACCCGUGAACUGCAAUAAAAUGCUGAUAAGAUAAGCCCCCCAACGAAAAAAAAACAACUCAUCCUCUUCGCUCCAUCUUCCUCCCCACAACGCAACUUCUAUUUUCUUUCACCAUGGAAACCACUCUCCUUUCCUUUUCUUCUUCCAAUUUCUCACCCCCUUCUUCCCAAACCCUAACCCUAAAACCGAACCCUAACCCAUUUUUCACUUCCCAUUUCCAUUUCCCUCCCUUCAAACGCCCUCCCACUUCUAAACCCACCCACAUCAGGGCCGCCAUUUCCCGUACCAAGAAAGAACAGACCGUCGAAGCCGUUAAAACCAAUCUCGAAAACUGCUUCCUUCUUGCCGCCAUCAAGUACGAGGGCUUGACCGUCAAGCAAUUCCAAGACCUGAGGAGAUCAUUGCCGGAAAACACCAAGCUUCUUGUGGCUAAAAACACUUUGGUUUAUAAAGCCAUUGAGGGCACCAAAUGGGAGGCUUUAAAGCCGUGCAUGACUGGCAUGAAUGCCUGGCUUUUUGUUCACAGUGAAGAGAUUCCGGCGGCCAUCAAGCCGUACAGGACCUUUCAGAAAGAGAAGAAAUUGGAAGAGAAUGACUUUACUGGUGCUGUGUUUGAAGGGAAAUUUUAUGGGCCCGGUGAUUUUAAGGCUUUAGAAAGUAUGCCUACAAGAGCUGAGCUUUAUGCGAAGUUGUUGGGGGCAUUGCAGGGACCGGCUUUGGGUUUGGUGAGUACUUUACAGGCUCCAGCUAGAGAUGUGUUGAUGGUGUUGAAGGCCUAUGUGAAGAAAUUGGAGGAUGAAAGUGAGCAAUAGUGGGGGAGUGAGAUUUUGUAUGGACUGCUAGGAAGGUCCUUUCACUUACAUUAAGAUCUUUAGCCACAUGAAAGUCCUGUCACUUACAGAAAUGGCUAAAUGUUUGAUUGAUGAUCGACUUUCUUAGAGUUAAGUAUGCUUCCUCUCUCAAUCGGACCAAUGU